CAGACCCAGCAUGUCCGGCCUGCACCUGGUGAAGCAGGGCCGCGAGAGGAAAAAGCUGGACCUGCACCGCGAUUUCACCGUGGCCUCACCUGCCGAGUUUGUCACGCGCUUCGGAGGAAAUCGAGUCAUCGAGAAGGUGCUGAUCGCAAACAAUGGCAUUGCAGCGGUCAAAUGCAUGCGGUCCAUCCGACGCUGGGCAUACGAGAUGUUUCGUAAUGAACGGGCCAUCCGCUUUGUCGUCAUGGUGACACCGGAGGACCUUAAAGCCAAUGCAGAGUACAUCAAGAUGGCAGACCACUAUGUUCCUGUUCCGGGCGGCGCCAACAACAAUAACUACGCCAACGUGGAGCUCAUCCUGGACAUCGCUCGCCGCAUCCCCGUGCAGGCGGUGUGGGCGGGCUGGGGUCAUGCCUCGGAAAACCCGAAACUUCCAGAGCUGCUGCACAAGAACGACAUCGCUUUCAUGGGCCCUCCGAGUCAGGCCAUGUGGUCACUUGGGGACAAGAUCGCAUCGUCUAUUGUGGCGCAGACGGCCAACAUCCCCACGCUGCCAUGGAGUGGCUUCGGGCUUGUCGUUGAGUGGAACGAAGCGGACAGGAAAGACAAGGUCGUCAACGUUCCGCCCGAAAUCUACGAGCGCGGCUGCGUCAACGAUGCAGAGGAGGGACUCAAGGCGGCACAAACGAUCGGUUUCCCCGUGAUGAUCAAGGCAUCUGAAGGAGGCGGAGGAAAGGGCAUCAGGAAAUCGACCAAUGCGGAAGAGUUUGCGAACCUUUUCAGACAAGUGCAGGCGGAGGUGCCGGGCUCGCCCGUGUUUGUGAUGCAGCUGGCAAACCACGCACGUCAUCUCGAGGUGCAGAUCCUGGCGGACGCCUACGGUAAUGCCAUUUCGCUCUUCGGCCGCGACUGCUCCAUCCAGCGGCGCCACCAGAAGAUCAUCGAGGAGGCGCCCGCCAGCAUCGCCCAUGCCAACGUCUUCCAGCAGAUGGAGCAGUGUGCGGUGCGGCUGGCUAAGAUGGUGGGCUACGUGAGUGCCGGCACGGUGGAGUACCUCUACAGCCAGGACGGCAGCUUCCACUUCCUGGAGCUCAACCCUCGCCUCCAGGUGGAACACCCGUGCACCGAGAUGGUAGCCGACGUCAACCUGCCGGCCGCUCAACUGCAGAUAGCGAUGGGCAUCCCGCUCUACAGGAUCAAGGACAUCCGCAUGCUGUACGGGGAGCCUCCCUGGGGAGACGCCCCCAUUGAUUUUGAGAAUUCUCCCCACACGCCGAGCCCUCGAGGACACGUGAUUGCGGCGCGCAUCACCAGCGAGAAUCCUGAUGAGGGAUUCAAGCCGAGCGCGGGCACGGUGCAGGAGCUCAACUUCCGCAGCAACAAGAACGUGUGGGGCUACUUCAGCGUGGCGGCAGCAGGCGGCCUGCACGAGUUUGCCGACUCGCAAUUCGGCCACUGUUUCUCCUGGGGAGAGAACCGGCAGGAGGCCAUAUCGAACAUGGUGGUGGCGUUGAAAGAGCUGUCGAUCCGCGGGGAUUUCCGCACCACAGUGGAGUACCUCAUCAAGUUGUUGGAGACUGAGAGCUUCCACGAGAACACCAUUGACACCGGCUGGCUCGACCGUCUCAUCUCCGAGAAAGUGCAGGCAGAAAGACCGAACACGACGCUGGGAAUCGUGUCGGGUGCUCUGCAUGUGGCCGACGGCUCCUUCCGGAGCAGCAUGUCCAAUUUCCUGCACUCGCUGGAGAGGGGCCAGGUUCUGCCGGCACACAGCCUCACCAAUUCCGUCAAUGUGGAGCUCAUCUAUGAAGGAAUGAAGUACACCCUGAAGGUGACGCGACAGUCUCCGUCGACGUACGUGGUGACAAUGAACAAUUCGCACAUGGAGGUGGACGUGCAUCGCAUGAGUGACGGAGGCCUCCUGCUCUCCUACGAUGGCAGCAGCCACACAACAUACAUGAAGGAGGAGGUCGACCGGUACCGGCUAACGAUCGGCAACAAGACCUGCGUGUUUGAGAAGGAGAAUGAUCCGUCGAUCCUGCGGGCGCCAUCGGCUGGCAAGCUCAUCCAGUACAUGGUGGAGGAUGGUGGACAUGUGUUCGUGGGCCAGUGCUAUGCUGAGAUUGAGGUAAUGAAGAUGGUGAUGAGUCUGACGGUGAACGAGUCUGGCUGCGUGCACUACGUCAAGCGUCCCGGCGCCGUGCUCGAGCCCGGCUGUGUGGUGGCGAAGCUGCAGUUGGACGACCCAACGCGAGUCAAGCAGGCGGAGAUAUACACGGACGUACUGCCCCCGCAACUCUUGCCACUGCUGCAUGGCGAGAAGCUGCACCAGGUGUUUCACCUGGUGCUGGACACUCUCUACCACGUUAUGAACGGAUACUGCCUCCCCGAGCCCUUCUUUAGCACCAAGAUGAAAGGCUGGGUGGAGCAGCUGAUGAACACUCUGCGGGACCCGUCGCUACCGCUGCUGGAGCUGCAGGACCUGAUGACGAGCGUGUCGGGGCGCGUGCCGUCCUCCGUGGAGAAGGCCAUCCGCAAGGAGAUGGCACAGUAUGCCAGCAACAUCACAUCAGUGCUCUGCCAAUUCCCCAGCCAGCAGAUCGCCAAUAUCCUUGACAGCCACGCAGCAACAUUGCAGCGGAAAUCUGAGCGAGAGGUCUUCUUCAUGAACACGCAGACCAUCGUUCAGCUUGUGCAGAGAUAUCGCAGUGGUAUCCGGGGACACAUGAAGUCCGUGGUGCUGGAUCUGCUCCGCCAGUACCUCCGUGUUGAGACGCAGUUUCAACAUGGGCACUACGACAAGUGUGUGAUCGCUCUGCGAGAGAACCACAAGGGCGAUAUGACCACGGUCGUCCACUACAUCUUCUCGCAUGCCCACGUUGCCAAGAAGAACGCUCUCGUCAUCAUGCUCAUCGACCAGCUGUUCGGGCGCGACCCCACCCUGACGGAGGAGCUCGCAGCUAUCUUAAGCGAGCUCACUCAGCUCAGCAAGACCACCAACUCCAAGGUUGCCCUGCGUGCCCGUCAGGUGCUCAUAGCUUCCAAUCUGCCCUCGUACGAGCUUCGGCACAAUCAGGUGGAGUCAAUCUUCCUCUCGGCCAUCGACAUGUUUGGGCAUCAGUUCUGUCCUGAGAACCUGCAGAAACUCAUCAUUUCGGAGACAUCGAUCUUUGAUGUGCUUCCCAACUUCUUCUACCACAGCAACCAGAUCGUGAGGAUGGCUGCAGUGUACGUGCGGAGAGCGUACAUUGCGUACGAGCUUAACAGCCUGCAGCACCAGCAGUUCAGGGACGGCACCUGCAUCGUCGAGUUCCAGUUCAUGCUGCCCUCCUCCCAUCCCAACAGGGGCAGCAUACCCACACUGAACAGGAUGUCAUUCCCAUCGAACCUGCAUCACGCAGGGCUGACGCGCGCCGUGAGCGUAACCGAGGUGCUGCUUGACAACACCUUCACGCCGCCGUGCCAGCGCAUGGGCGCCAUGGUGGCCUUCCACUCCUUCGAGGACUUCGUCAGGGACUUUGAGGAGGUGAUGAAGCAUUUCUCGGAUUCACCUCCGGACAGUCCCAUCUUCCUGGAGCCCGGGCGCUCCACCCUGUACGCAGAGGAGGACAGCAAGAGUGUGCGACAGGACCCGAUCCACAUCCUGAACGUGGCCAUCAAGAUAGACAGCGAUACGGAGGAUGAUGAGCUGGUGACCGUGCUGCGUGACUUCACACAGUCCAAGAAACGCAUACUGAUAGACCGUGGGAUUAGGCGUCUGACAUUCUUGGUGGCGCAAAAGGACUUUAGGAAGCAUUACGACUAUGAGGUGGAUCAGAGAUUCCAUAGAGAGUUCCCCAAGUUCUUCACGUUCCGUGCUCGUGACAAGUUCGAGGAGGACCGCAUUUACCGCCACCUGGAGCCGGCGCUCGCCUUCCAGCUGGAGCUGAACCGCAUGCGCAACUUCGAGCUGCACGCUCUGCCCUGCGCCAACCACAAGAUGCACCUGUACCUGGGCACGGCGCGCGUAGAGCAGGGCAUCGAGGUCACCGAUUACCGCUUCUUCGUGCGCGCCAUCAUCCGCCACUCUGACCUCGUCACCAAGGAAGCGUCGUUCGAGUACCUGCAGAACGAGGGCGAGCGCCUGCUGCUGGAGGCAAUGGACGAACUGGAGGUGGCCUUCAACAACACGGCCGUGCGCACUGACUGCAACCACAUCUUUCUCAACUUCGUGCCCACCGUCAUCAUGGACCCUUCCAAGAUCGAAGAGUCUGUGCGCAGCAUGGUGAUGCGCUACGGAAGCCGGCUCUGGAAGCUGCGUGUGCUACAGGCCGAGCUGAAGAUCAACAUCCGCCUCACGCCCACAGGCAAAGCCAUCCCCAUCCGCCUGUUCCUCACCAACGAAUCCGGCUACUAUCUUGACAUCAGCCUCUACAAGGAGGUCACUGACCUCCGCACCAGCCAGAUCAUGUUCCAGGCAUACGGUGACAAACCGGGCCCUCUGCACGGCAUGCUCAUCAACACGCCGUACGUCACCAAGGACCUCCUGCAGUCCAAGCGCUUCCAGGCUCAAAGUUUGGGAACCACCUAUGUCUACGACUACCCUGAAAUGAUCCGACAGGCACUGCUCAAGCUGUGGGACGCGUAUGGCAACGGGCUGGCGCACAAGGACGUGCUGACAUACACGGAGCUGGUGCUGGACUCGCAGGAUCAGCUCGUGGAGAUGAACCGGCUGCCCGGGGGCAAUGAGAUCGGCAUGGUGGCGUGGAAGAUGUGGCUGAGGACUCCGGAGUACCCGCAGGGUCGGACUGUGGUGGUCAUUGCCAACGACCUUACGCAUCGCAUUGGCUCAUUCGGGCCGCAAGAGGACCUGUUGUUCCAGCAGGCAUCGCAGCUGGCGCGUACGGAUGGUGUGCCACGCAUCUACAUCGCCGCCAACAGCGGUGCGCGCCUCGGCCUAGCUGAAGAGAUUCGGCACAUGUUUAACAUCGCCUGGAUCGACCCCAAUGACCCCUACAAGAGUUUCAAGUACCUGUACCUGACCCCUCAAGACUAUAAGAAGGUCAGCGCUCUCAACUCCGUUCACUGCGAGCACAUCGAGGAUGAGGGGGAGUCCAGGUACAAAAUCACUGACAUCAUUGGCAAGGAGGAGGGCCUUGGUGUAGAGAGCCUGCGUGGAUCUGGCAUGAUCGCCGGGGAGAGUUCCCAGGCCUACGAAGAGAUCAUCACUAUCAGCUUGGUGUCUUGUCGCGCCAUUGGCAUUGGGGCCUACCUGGUGAGGCUGGGUCAGAGGGUCAUCCAGGUGGAGAACUCCCACAUCAUCCUCACGGGGGCAGCCGCCCUCAACAAGGUUCUGGGCCGUGAGGUGUAUACCUCCAACAACCAGCUCGGCGGCAUCCAGAUCAUGUACAACAAUGGCGUGUCUCACACCACGGCAGAGGAUGACUUUCAGGGAGUCUACACCAUCCUGCAGUGGCUCUCCUAUAUGCCCAAAGACUCCCGCAGCCCCGUACCCAUCCUGCACCCCAAGGACCCCAUCGACCGAGAGGUGGAUUUCAUGCCAACAAAGGCCCCCUACGAUCCCCGAUGGAUGCUGGCCGGCCGCCCGCAUCCCACAAACAAGGAAACGUGGCAAAGUGGCUUCUUCGACCACGGCUCCUUCAUGGAGAUCAUGCGACCCUGGGCACAGACGGUCGUCGUGGGACGAGCCAAGCUCGGAGGAAUCCCGGUGGGGGUCGUCGCCGUGGAAACGAGAACAGUGGAGCUGGCUAUUCCGGCUGACCCCGCCAACCUCGACUCGGAGGCCAAGAUCAUCCAGCAGGCGGGCCAAGUAUGGUUCCCGGACUCGGCGUACAAGACAUCACAGGCCAUCAAGGAUUUCAGCCGGGAGCACCUUCCACUCAUGGUGUUUGCCAACUGGAGAGGCUUCUCAGGCGGAAUGAAAGACAUGUACGACCAGAUCGUGAAGUUUGGCGCGUACAUCGUGGAUGGGCUGCGCGAGUACAAGCAGCCUGUGUUCGUGUACAUCCCCCCGCACGGAGAGCUCCGGGGCGGCUCUUGGGUCGUCAUUGACCCCACCAUCAACCCACGCCACAUGGAGAUGUACGCCGACCGCGAGAGCCGGGGUGGAGUUUUGGAGGCUGAGGGUACUGUGGAGAUUAAGUUCCGCAAGAAGGACCUGGUGAAGACCAUGCGCCGUGUGGACACGACCUACUCGCGUCUCGCUGAGCGGCUGGGGACUCCUGAGCUGAGCGCCACGGAGAAGAAGGAGCUGGAGGGGAAGCUGAAGGAGCGUGAGGAGUUCCUGUUGCCCAUCUACCACCAGGUGGCCGUCAAGUUUGCCGACCUGCACGACACGCCGGGACGCAUGCACGAGAAGGGAGCCAUCACGGACGUACUGGAGUGGAAGACGUCACGCACAUUCUUCUACUGGCGCCUGCGCCGGCUGCUGCUGGAGAACCAGGCGAGGAAGCGGAUCCUGCAGGCGAACCCGGAGCUCAGCGAGGGCCGCGUCGAGUCGAUGCUGCGCCGCUGGUUCGUGGAAGCCGAGGGAACCGUCAAGGCCUACCUGUGGGACAACAACCAGGCGGUGGUGGAGUGGUUGGAGCGACAGCUGGCGAAGGAGGAGGAGGGCACGCGCUCGGUCAUCGAGGAGAACAUCAAGUACAUCCAGCGCGACUAUGUGCUGCAGCAGAUACGCAGCCUGGUGCAGGCUAACCCAGAGGUGGCCAUGGACUCAAUUGUGCACAUGACGCAGCACAUCGGAGCGACGCAGCGAACGGAGAUCGCACACAUCCUGGCCACCAUGGAGUCGCCCCCCUCUACCUGACCCCGCCGUGCCCCCCCCCCCCCCCCACACAACAGACCCAGCUGAAUCCCCAAUGCCAACACAGCCACCGAGGCCGACCUCCAACCGGUGCAACCAGAAGUACGGGACUCGGGGAACUUUGAAGCUUGCCCGGUCGCGCAACCGUUGCCCCACCUUAUCAUCUCAUCUUGGAACCGCCACUUUCCUUUGAGAUGUAACUGCUGUACCCCCCCCCACCACCACCACCGCCCCGACUGAGAAUUUUCCCGGCAACGUCUUUUCUUAUUACAAACACUCGCCCGUAGCGCACCAGUGCUGUCUGUAUCCUGCCGACCGAAAUGCAUUCUCUCCAUUCUAUCGUCCAGCCACAUCCACCCACCUGCUACCACCCCCUGUCAAUCACCCCAUCCCCUUCUCCCACGUGAGGACAUCAAAACCAAGAACCUGGAUUUUCAGGAGAUUUGUCUUGUCGAUUAAGACUAGUGCUGGUGGGGGAAUUAUUUAAACAUUUUAACCGUGACCGUCUCUUCCCUUUGAUGUGGAAGGUUUCUAUUUUUGAGCCGCUGAUAUUAUUUUAUUUUCUCUGAAUUGUAUUGUUCUCUUGCAUACGCCAGCGUCCAACCCUGCCUCUGCAAAAACAAGCACCUGAAAUUAAUUCGCCAGCGCUUAAAUGACAAUAUAUAUAAAAGAUUACAUUUGCUAUGUUGCAACAAAAAAAAAAAACAAUCGCAGUGUUUUCCGCUGUACAGGGAACAAAAACACAAAAAAGACGGCAGAGUCCUCAGAAUCCAGGCUCAAGGUUUUUUUUUUUCGUUAUCCUCCUCGUGACUUGUGUCUGCUGUUUGCACACAGCACAGCUCAAAUCCCAUCCAUUCCGUGUGGUCGCACAAUGGCUUUCUUUACAUGGGACAAAUCAAAUACUUUCUCCCCCCCCCCCCCCACUGUUUGUUGUGGGAAAACACACGUGGGGUGAAUUUGGUAUCAGCUCUGGCAAUUAAGUGGAUCGGUAAAUGUCAUGAUUUGUUUUGUUUUUUUGUGCAAAGCAACGUGAAGCUGUUGGGAAGCGUUUUAUUUUUGUUCCCGGGUAAACAUAGCCACGCAAAAAAAAAACGACGUGCUACAAUCAACUUAACGAAAGGACUGAUGAAAAAAAAAACCGAGCGCACGAUCUGUGGCGACGUCUCUUUUUAUAAGGUUUUUGUAAACCUCUGCUCUAGCGGUGUAACGAUGCAUCGAUUCAUCGAUUAAUGUUGAUUCUUACGCUUGUGUUGCAUCAUCAAUUAGCGUUAAAUUAAUCGAUGGUUGUCGAUUUCCGUACUCACAAGUGUUUGGGUUCUUGUGAGACCCUCGCAGUCUCCAGCAUCUGCCACGUUCGCCCGAAACGUUGAUUCUUACAGUAAAUCUUGAUUGCGACAUUUCAUCUACGUAUGUUCAACUUAUUUCGCGCCAUGCCUAGCCAACCGUGCGUAUCGGAGGUGCGAGCAAAGGACAACAAACUAAAUACAAAAAUGAUGCCGGCUGUGGUGGUUAUGGGUCAGCUGGGUGAAUCGUUACACCCCUUAUCUACCCGCUUGAGCUUAAACCGCUCAGGAACCGCGUCGUGGCGUUUCGACGUGGAGUGGUAAUCGUCGCCCCGUUCUCAACAACGCCAGCCCUGGCACGACACGGGGUCUGGGCACACAUCACCGGGGCUUGAGCUGCUGAAACGGUCGGAGCCAGAGAUGUCUUGGCCGAUUUACCGCCUUCGCCCACACAAAGCAGUGGUCGACAAAUCAGUGUUGGCGGAGGGAAGCGUCGUGAUAUUUUUUUUUUGUUUGACAAAGUUUAAACGCGAAUUCUGUAAGCGCACAAGUGAAUGGUUGCUACUCACGAGUUCUUACUUUCUUCGACGAUCCUUGACCGUAAAAAAAAUAAUUCACGCGGAGUCUUGAGUGAUCAACACGGCUCAUUGUCAAUUUGGACAUCGGUGCUUCUGCCAUCAUAUGAGGCUUGUCGGAUUUCCUGAAUCGUGGUUUCAAAAUUUUCCGUCUAAAUGAAGAAUAAAAAAGCAAACAAAGCAAGCGUAAAGUAAAAUAUGAAGCAUUCUUAACAAACACCAAAGACCAUGAACUGGGCAGCAAAAUAAAAACCUAACAAGGUACAACCUAAUACUGUGCUCUGAACACCACUUGCAGUAACCAACAUUCCAGGUCUGGGCAGGCAGCCGAGUGCUUGUUUUCUCUUCCUUGUGUUCAAUACUGUCUUGCGUCCUUGGGCUUGCCUUGUGUUAAAGACUGUCUUGUAUUCAAGACCGUUUUAUAUUCAGAGUAGGCUUACUUUAAAGGCUGUCUUGUGUUCAAAGUACGGUCUUAGAUUCAAAGUCGUCUUGGGUUCGGGGCUGCCUUGUGUUCAGGUUUCUCAUCUUCAGGGCCCUCUCGCGUCCGAUGCUCGUGCGGCUAACGUUCCCCGCUAGUUGGCGAGCUCCUGUCUAGCAAGCGUGUGCCCUCGGCGCUGCCUCCUCCCUCUCGGUGGGCCACUUGGUUGAUCCGGCUUGGCCACGGCGUUUCCAUUUGGCAUCGAGUCCGAAUGCCCCCGCACUCAGCGCGCCACGAUGCCAACCUCGCCUCGGCUCGGCUCGGCUCUGCCCUCGGAUCUCGAGGCUGGAGUGUGGUAUGGUGCGGGGGCUUGGUGAUUUUCUUAAGAAUAUGAUUCGCUAAAACAGCGUUGAUUCUGCGUGUGAUCAUUAAAUUGGCUGGUGGGGUCGAUCCGGCUUGAAGCGCUCAUCCGGCUUGCAGCGUUGAUUCGACUUGAAGCAUUAAUCCAAUUUAGAGCCCUAAUCCGGCUUGGAGCGUUAAUUCAACUUCAAGCAUUAAUCCAAUUUAGAGCGCUAAUCUGGCUUGAAGCGUUGAUUCGGUUUGGAACGUUGAUCCGGCAUGAAGCGUUGAUUCGGUUCGAAGCGUUAAUCCGGCUCGUAACAUCGAUCCAGCUUGUAUUGCGGUGCCUCUGGCGUGUUUCAUUUUGCGGGGGGGGGGGGGGGGUUAUGGGGGAGAGCGGGUCAGUGUGGCAGUCUCAGUCUUUUGAGGCCGUGCUCCCAGUCCCUGUGACCCAGGUUCAACUUCCAUCUGGUUUACCAAAACCCGCCGAGCGUCUGCGCACAUAGGUCCGCUCGGCCUGGAAUGAGAACCCGGUGAGGGCCUCCCUCCACACCCCCCCCCCCCCCCCAUAGGUCAAUAUGUCAACUGGGUUCUAUCGCAGGAGCUAUGAAUGCCGCCGAGGAAAGGAGAGAUGACGGCUCUUGUGGUGCUGGUCACGUGCCCCUCACACGUCCCCCCCCCCACCCUCCCCCCCCCCCCCGCUAUCAGUAAAUGUGCAUUGAUUCGAGUUCAUUCGUACGCGAACAACACGUGCGUCAAACCAUGCGCGUUGAGAAUCGGUUGAUGGUUGAUUUGUGCAGAUGUGAUGCAAAUAUUUCCAACAGUCUUGACGGACGAGCGAGAUGAGACAAACUAGAUGGACAGCAAAUGCGACGGGACAAUUGCGUUGAUACGGACCAGACGAGAUGGUACAAAUAAGACGGAAAAUUUGGACGGUACAAAUCAGACAAUACAAACAAGACAACAAUAACAAAAAAAAUCGACCCCUGCUUUAAUUCAAGACAUUUGUAUGGAAUUGGUGGGUGCGUGGAGAGUGAAUUGUUAGAUACCUAAACUAUCAAUGUCUGCCCUCAUGGUGCUUAUGACCACCGUUAUCAGGGUACUUUGUCAACGUUGUCAACUAGAAACGACGACAAAAAAAACAUGCGAAAGUGUCAACUAGACGUGAUGUCGUGGUUUGAAACGGACCCUGUGAAGCGAAUGACGGUUACGGCCACAAGAAGAUGGGGUGAUGUGUUCCCUGUGGUGUAUUGCUACACAGAGGGGGUUGUCUCAUGGUCUAAGCAUUACUGUAUGAUGAGGUUGACGAUCAGGAGGUUAAUGGAGAGGCUAACAGUGACGAGAAGGAAUGGACCGAGUAAACCCCCCAGAAGUUUCAACACGUGUGUUUUUUGUGGUGUUGCCAUGAGCGAGUGACAAUAACACUUCAACAGAAUGGGUCAGAUUCACGUGUUGUAGGAAGUCGCCUUUUCUGCUGAUUUGAGAUGCAAAAGAUAGCCAGAUUCGUGGAAAUAAAUUGGAUGCAAAUUUUACCUGCAAAAGCAACCAAAUUUAUAUCAAAUUGUGGGCAUUUUAGUUUUUUGUUCCACCCCAAGUAUUGGUGGAAACUGCCUUUCCACCAUCGCGUGAAUUUGUCCCACUGCAUAUUUUCCUGGCUCAGAGGAACACAGAAACACCAUUCCAUGGCACAGGUUUUUCCACCACCUUCACCAUAAACUCGUAAAUCACGGGGGUUCUGGUUAUGAGCACUUAUUGAUAAAGCGUCUUAAUGCGAGGGGGGGGGGGGGUUGAUAAAAAAAAACAACUUUACUGUUUCACUUAAAUCAGCGCACAAGUUUUUCCUUGGGGAUUACUUUUUUUAAAAGUUGUUUUUGAAAACCCACGGAUUACUGUUUUGCAUCGCAGAGGUCAGUUGCUCGUACUUUAUUCGUAUAACUGUAUUCGUGUGUUUGUCGUGCGGAAAUUGCGGUUCACGCCAUGAGAACGGUGGACGUUGCACCCCUCGCUCACGGAAGGUGAGCGUCGCCGACUGGUCGGUUGAGCGGAGGAGACGCCUCGGCUGUGCGCGCGUUGAGAUUACUCGCUGUGCUGUGCUACGCUGCUCGCAGUUGCCACUUUUGAGCAAUGUCUUUACAAAUUGUCGUCCUUGUCAGCAGACGUGGAAAUACAGACGAAAGUAAUACAGGAGAAUUCCACGUGUCUGGGACGUUCUGUUUUUAUCACUUGAGAUAACGUCUCUCGCCAUAUUCACCUCCUUGACGACAAAAACGAAACGUAUGACCAUCGCCUUGGCGGAUUUGCCCGCCCGUCAGAGGUCGCAAACGGGUUUUGAUUCCUUACCCGUACCCGGCCGCACCAGGGUCGCAAAUGGGUACCCAUACGCGGCUAGGUACGGAUACCCGUUCCCUACCCGUACCCUACCCGAAAUGAGUGACACGCGGUUACUCACCAGUGACUCACGGCCUACCCGUACCCGGCCGCACCAGGGUCGCAAAUGGGUACCCGUUCCCUACCCGUACCCUACCCGUACCCUACCCGUACCCUACCCGUACCCUACCCGUACCCUACCCGAAAUGAGUGAUAAACAGUUACUCACCAGUGACUCACGGCCUACCCGUACCCGGCCGCACCAGAGUCGCAAACGGGUACCCAUACCCGUACCCGAUUGGGUACGGGUAGCCGGGUAUCGGGUAGGGUACGGGUAUCGGGUACCCGGUUGUGACCUCUGCCGCCCGUUGUUGACGAGACGGUGACAUGGGGGCGUUGUUGACGAGGCGGUGACAUGUGGGCGUUGUUGACGAGACGGUGACAUGGGGGCCUUGUCCACGAACGAGCGAGGUCGGUUGAGGAGAGAACCCAGCCAUGGCGAGGGUAAUUUCAGCGAGCAGAUCAUUACUAAUGGGGAAAACAAUCACGUACGUGUGAGGGCUGGACUCUUUAACCGCUCUACGUAAAUAGUGUGACACAUAAUCUAUCGUCAAAUGCCUCCGACCAAAUCACCCUGAAUGCUCAAUCUCGUCAGGCCUCCGAAGCUGGGCAAAAGGCAGAGAUUUGAGCCCGAGUAGCACUUGUACGGGUGACCACCAGGGCUUGCCGUGUGUUGUAGGUGCAGAGCUGCGAGAUGCUGCCAGAAGAUGGCAGUGGUGAGCGUCACCCCCCUCGUGUGUUACGCCUGGUGGGUUGACUCCGAGCUCAUUCGAUUCCUUCCAUGUGAAAGCCAAAGGAAUUGGCUAAACAUCCCAAUAUAGCAAUAGAACCCUCAGUGGAAAAGAGCCUGGAGCCCUCGGUGAGGUUUUUCCUGGCUCAACAAGUGGAAUCAUUAAAAUAAAAAAGUGGCAAAAAUAAUUAGGGGUCUGCGUUGGCAGCGGUGCACACCUGGACAACACCUGUCGGAUGAACUGUGACAGAAGUGACGAGCUUCAUUUGAUCUAUCAGCCAAAUUCAGCUUCUUCCAGCGCGUCCCAGUGGUAUCUUUUUUAUUUAUCCGAAGUAAAAAAAAAGGAUGCCGGGUUCUACUUCACUAAACUCAUCAGCAAGGUGUGGCCCCAUAACCCAGUCGCCACUGGGUGAGUUGGUUUAUUGGGCAGGUAGAGCCACCCGCAAGCGAACAUUGGGCCCAAAGAAAUAGGUCGCAGCAGUAAAGCAGCAACGUGACUGAAGGCACCUGUGAAGGCACGUGGAGUCUAUGAUUUGAUUGUGGUGGCUGCAUGGUGUGUAACCCCUCCCUCCCCGCCCCGUUCACCAUCCAUUACCCACCAUGUCGCGUGUUUGCCUUUAUCGUCAUGAUCAUAGAUAGACAAGUUAAGGAUGUAACGAUUACAUAUAAGGGUAUAACUAAUUAACGGUUCGAUUAAUUGUCACGGUUCGACGGACGCUGUUCGAUUCUUAAAUUGAUUACCGUGUGUUGUUAUUUGCCCUUGACGUGCACGUGGAAUCUGUUGCGGUACGAUCAUUUGGAAUCGUUGAUAUUUCAACCGUGCACUGUUCGACACGUGCAUGUCUCAGCGAAGCAGAGUGAUGCAUUUGAAUUGAUGGCGGUGCUCACGAUUUUCAUUGAUUAAUCGUUACAUCCCUAAUGCAACAGGACACGAUUUUGUUGUGACCCACCUCGCUUGCUAACACGUAGAGCUGCUCUUCCUUAACACAGUCCGUUCUCCUAUAACGCGGUAGUAUAUAAUGUAGGGUAGAGCACAGCCCGCGAUAACACGUGAGAUGCGUAUGCAGCAGGCGCGUGAUCGCAUCUAAAAAGUAUCCAGCAGCAUCCCGCCUUAUUAUAGGAGAACAGACUGUACCUGCGUACACGUCUUGCCGACCUCACUACCCACAAGCCUACGUGUCUGCCGUGAGCCGACCUACCCACGUGUCUACUCGUCUAACACGUCUCUAUCUGUCCACCUGCCUACCGACCUAUGCACCUGAUGCGUUGGCUGCAGUGGGUUAGGGUUAGAUGUUAGGCUUAGGGUCAUGUUGAGGCAAUGAGGCUCUAAAUAUACUAACCAAACAGACACUACGCCAACCAAAUCCUCACCGCUAACCUAACCCCAGAUCUACCAUAGCCAUCCAACUUCUUAACACUUAGAUUCCAUGCUUUGUUUGGGCACGCCGUCACGAUUGCUAUGACUACGAUCAAUAGGUUUAUGCUUUCGGACUGUGACAGAAACAUGUAUUAUUAGUUUUAUUGUUAUUAAUGAUUUCAAAUUCCAUUGACAACAAAACAAAUCUGACGACUGCGGGACAUACACUGAGAUCGUUGCUUGCCAUUUGUGAACUCGUACAGCGUAUUAUUUAUACCUGUUGUCAUCAUUUUUUCUGUAGUAUUGUUAUUAUGUUAUUACAAUAUUAGUGCUAUCGUUGAAUCCAUAUGCCCAAGGGGAGUGAGAGAGUGGAUGAAAGGCGGAUUAUCGCGUCUUCUUUUGAACACCCUCUCCCCACCCCGGACGCAGCUGCAAAGAUUCGGUUUGAUUCCAAAACCGGUUCUGCUGAUCCGUAGGUAAAUCACGUGUGUGCAUUUGAUUUCGCAUCAUCAUUAUCAUCACAAUCGUCAUCACCCAGCAUCCCCUCUGCGAUAGAGGAGGAUGAAAUCUACUUGUACGAUAAUCUCGCGUGGUUGGUACAUUUUAAAUAUCAAUAAUGAUUUAAACGGAUAUAUAUAUGGGAUCGGAAUGGGGGAGCAGAAAAGAGAUAGGGAGGGAGCCGUGAUUGUUUGAAUGCGGGUCAUUUGUCGGACGGGGAGGUUAAUACGUGGUGAUCCUAUCCAUUCUGAUUCUCACAAUGAAGUCGCUUCAAAAGGUUUUUGAAUCCACUCCCCCUUCUCUCCUUUGAGCUGAAAUCAACACGUGUAUGAAUAGCGUCGUCGCUGUUAUGUGUCCCUCUCCCCACCCACUUCUCUCUACCCACUUCUCUCUACCCACACACAAGAUACAAAGGUCCGCCGAUGUCCAUUAACAGGCUGUUGCGCCAAGUGUUGUUGUUAGCGAGCAUCUAUUAAGGCCGGAAGAGGCACCACAAGAGGGGGUGGUGGUGGUAUGGCCAAUCACCACGCUAGUCGCCCUUUUUUUCCCAGUGUGGCGAUGUUUUCACACACCGCACCAAGUGCUUAUCUUAGGCUGAGUCGACCUAGGGGAGGCCCAGGACCGGUUGAGAUAAUCAUCCCUUGCGUUGGCCGUGAGCGAGAUCCGAAAACUCGGGUCGCAGCGCUCCCCCGUGCACACACGCGCACUGGCAGUGCACAGCGCGCUCACCGCUACACGUCCACUUUACACGCGUACACUCACCGCUCGUGCACCCACGUGCAACUACGAGACACUAGCAGGCGGGCAACUAUUGAGUCCUUGCCUGUGUGCCCUCCAUGUCGAGCUAAAUCUUGCAGGGGGCGGGAGGAGUGCUUGUUUGCUGCUGCUGGUGGUGGUCGUGAGCGAUUGGCACGUGGUUAGUAGCGCUUGUGGAGAGCCGGGUGGAGAGGAGUCGCUGUCGUGUUUGACACCUGUGAACGGAUACCCCAGGAAAGGUGCGGCGUGUUUCCAUUGGGUUGCAUCAAGUUUGCUCUGCUAUGUGUUGCAUUGCGUUUCUCUGUGUUGCAUCGGAUCCCCCUGAUGCAUUGAGUUAAAUCUGUGGUGCGUUCAAUACUCCCCCUCGCCCCCCACUUCGUCAACAGAAAGUUGUGCGCGCGUGACGCUGUAAACCUGCAGUACUGAAAUGUACAUGCUUUGUAAAAUGGAGUAGGGGCUGUUAGGCUACGUAGUAGACCUAGCCAUACUUGUAUCCCUAACCAUACUAGCCAUCCAGAUCCUGCCUCUAACUGUAACUGACCAAGCACACAGAGCCAACCUGACCCUAGCCCCCUACUAUUUCUAAUGACACUAACCCACCAGGCCCAACCCUUCUUGUAGGUCUGAACCACAUCGUCCAGUCACGCUCUAACAAUAACUCUAGUCGCGUUGUGUGUCCAUAUAUCCUCUAACACCCUUUCCAUAACCCCUAAACAGAGCCGGCCAAUUGGAUGCUGUCUCUUUACCACCUUAAUCCUUGUCACUGUUCACUGUUUACAGUGACGUGCGCAAGCACACGCGUGGCUCGUGAUGAGAUUUGUCAAUAUCGAUGCGAACUGUGCACAAGUGCAGUGUAAAGAACAUUACACACACACACACACGGGCACGUGCUCACACACACUAUAGAUGCAUUACCCCUUCAUUAUGUUACCUAGCCCGUACAGCACCGCGGUCUCAAAUGAUGUUCACUCUUUCUGCGUCCGUUCACACUGGGGAGAGAGAGAGAGUUGCGGAACAGAUUGUGUCCAUUGUGUUGAUAUGAUGUAAAUUGCACAACGUAAGUGUGAUUUACAUAAACAUUAUGGGGCGUGUAUUGGAUGGGUCAGUGGUGUCGUAUCGAAUGAGACAAGGGUUCUUCAUCGGACGUGAUGUAUUGAAUGAAACGAGAGCUAUAAGAGUGGUGCUUUAUCCGAUGACAUCAAUGGUUCUGUAUCGAAGGGGUCAGCUGUUCUUAUGUUGCAUGAGGGCAUGGUUCUGUUUCUGAGCUUCUGUUUCGGAUGAAACAGGAGUUCUGUAGUCAUGGUUCUUGAUCAUAUGAGCUAAUGGUUCUUGUGUAUCGGAUCGUAUGACGAUUCUUUAUCGGAUGAGAUGGAGCUUCUCGUGUAUUGGUUGAGAGGAUGAUUCUGUAACACAUGGGACGAGUGCUGUAUAUCCAACGUGUCAAAGAGUGUCUCUAGUUGAGUCACGGCAUUAAAAAAUGCAGUCAUAUUGUAUACAAUGAAACAUCGAGUCAUUGUAUACUCAGUUAAGAAUGUGAUAGUUGGCAAUCGCGCGUUGCUAUACCCACAACUGCAGGAACUUAUGACGUUAGUCGUCGCGUCUUGGGUCCGUCUCUUCUGCGCUCUUCGUUUGCCAGCUGCCUUCUGCUUGUUGGACACGCGACACGUAUUCAAGUAAACGCGACGCUUUGAAAAUCAAUUGUACGGAUAAAAGAAAAUUCUACCUUUGGAAAAAAAAAACUGUUCCCAUUGAAGCUAACGGUGUGUUUAUCAGUGUCGCAAGUUUGACUUGCGGAAUAAAUUAAUGUAGGAUCGCGGUCAACAAAGUUCACGAGGAGAAAUAUUGUAUCUGUCUUAAGCGGAGAGAGAUUAAUGGGAGCAGUGGUGCAGUGAUUAGCACGCUCCUCAAACGAAACCCUACUUAUUGCAAGUUGAUAUCGCAGCUAUCCGAACUGGUCUUGGGCCAUUCCCAGGAGCAACUCGGACUAACCGGGCGUGGUGAAGUAUGGUCAAACAACCACCAGCAGUGGAUUGGCAAAGAGCUGUGAAAUGUACUGUGCAUUGUAAGUAGAGUAGUAAUUUUUUUUUAAAGUCUAAUUGUAAACUAGGGGUUGGUAACGAUUAACGAUGACCCACGAUUCGGCAUCACGAGUCGAUUAUUUUGUAUUUGUUCUCUUAAUGGUGCCGUGUAGAAUCUGUAGCAAAUGAAAACGAUAAAUUUGCAGCCCUAAAAUAAACGAUGCCCCCUUCUAACACGACAGAAGGGUCUGCGCCAGAGUGAACUAGACGAGACGUGGUGUGUGUGUGUUGGCCUCCUCUUACACACUGGUCCAUCCGUCUUAUGAUGUAGUAUCUGUGUGAUAAAAAAAACUUAACGCGCACAAAUGAUCACUACUCGAUUCCUAGCCGCACAAUUCGAUGCACGCAUCUAUGAGCGAUACCCACGAUUUAAAUUCGAUGUGCACAUUGGCUAAGCCAAGUGUGUGUGUGUGUGUACGCGGCGUCUUGUAUAGAUUCUGUAGUAAAAAAAACUGCAGCCGCUCAGUGAUGUUUGGAUGUCGUGGGACACAGGGUUAUCGGGCGCGUUUAGCUAAUGGACCCGCACGUCAUCUUCAUCAUCAUACUCAUCAUCAUCAUACUCAUCAUCAUCAUAAUCAUCAUCAUACUCAAAUAUGGGCAUUGAAUUGGGACAACCAUGUGUUCUUUCCAAAGUCCAGUCUUGGUGACCACCUCCACGUUUAUCGGUCUCCGUUCAAAUUGCAAUUAAGGCCGUUGCACUCUGCACGCGUCUGACGAGUGCUAAAUACCUGCCACGCGAUCUCGUGCGCGCGGAUUCAAACUCAAGAGCGAUCGGUACAUUACUACGUCACGCGAGACGCACACACAGAUCUUUAGUUUAGCCUUAACAGACUGCUGUUGCUGUGCUGUCAAACAGUACUUACCCACCACACGUACACACACACACACAUCUUGAUUUAACUCUACGUCACUUCAAGCGCAUGCAUGCACACAUACAUAAACACAUAACCAGCACGCACAAAGUCUCGGUUUGAAUGGCAAUCGGCGCGAUCUACGUCAGACAGGGGUGGGGGUGUACCAAUCAUCUGGUGGGUGUACCAAUCAUCUGGCGCGCGUAGCCGUGCAUCGACUCGGGUGUGUAUUCGAGACGCAGAAGAGCCGCACAAACGUAGGAUAGUCGCUAACUGAAGAUUGAGAACCCCUGGACUGGGGAGUAGGGUUUGGGUGAUGGCGAGCGAUUGACUGCGGCAGCAUUUCUCCAAACGAGCAGGGGUUCCCCACUUCAUACGGUGCUGUCAUUUGCUACUGUGAGCACAAGCAGAGAGCGAGAGGCGCGGCGUGUAGUGUCCAUUUAGACGUGGCCGCUACGAGGGUCUUCGCGCUCACGAGGUCAGGCUGGAGGCAAGGGAGGGGGAAGUUUGGUGGCUUCCUGGAUUCCAUCCUCCCCCUCCCCCCCGCAGUAAACUACCGCGAGUUUUGCAUCACAAUCUGAAGACAUCGCGGCUGUGAAUCGUGGACUGCAAUGGUUCUGUGCAAGACGCCACGUGCCAGACGCGACGUGCCAGACGACUGUGAAGCCCCCGAGUGUGUUGACGUGGAUCUUGCCUCUUUUCUCUAUCAAUUCAAACUAUCAAGAGAUAUACGCUGCCAAGCGUGGUGGUGUUGAUUCAGACGCUGUCUUUCCGACAGACCUGUUCUUCACCUGAGGACGGCAGCUUGCGUUGUGGCCGAAACGUCGUGAGAAUUAUUUUAUUAUGUUUUAUUUUUAUUAUUUUAUUAUUUCCCUUCUACGUGACUUUACCGAACGAACCAAGAAGAUGAAUCCCUGCAGUCACGACAGCUUUCGGGGGUGAUGGCCUUUGCUAAAUUGUGACAGGUAAAGUGAGUGGUUGGUGAAAUGUGAUAAUAAGAAAGUUCGGCUUUGACAUGCUAAAGUAUUGGAAAGGGUAGAGUUCAAGGUGCAGCCCUGAACGUCUUGCUCGCACCAGCUGCUGUGUGGAAGGGCCUCCAGUAGAGGAAGCUCUGUCUAGAGAACCCGUGUCAGAAGAUACUUUGACCGGAUUCUUCCACGCACGUCCAGGCGUCUUGGAAGAGGAAUACUUUUUAAGCGCCGUAUAAACUGAAAUGCUUAGCAAGUCCGGGGAGUGGUGGGCAUAAUGGCUAGCUGUGCUAUGGCCAGCCACAACUGUACACGAACAAGCCCUCCAUACCAUGGAGAUGAGGAUGCUCAGAUGGAGCCUCGGACUGACUCGAUGGGAUCGUGUCAUGAACGAAGACGUUCGGAAGCGACUUGGUGUGGCCCCCAUUGCGGACAAGAUGCUUGAGGCAAGGCUUCGGUGGUACGGCCAUGUGAUGCGAAGUGAAGAGUCAUCGGUGGCCAAGACUGCCAUGCGUGUUGAGCCAGAGGGCCACCGUCCACGCGGACGUCCGAAGAAGCGAUGGAUGAUGGAUCGAAUAAAGGAAGACGUGAAGACGGUCAACGCAUCCCCCGAAGAUGCCCUGGACCGAGCCAAAUGGAGAAGACAAUGCCGACAAGCGGACCCUGUGCCACAGCGGGAACAACGCUAGACGUGCUAUGGAACCCGGCGACCCAAGUUCGUGUUAAGCCACGGCAACAUCGGUGGCGAGUCAUGUCUUGGCUGUUCCUUGACCCCCGCCACCCUUUACCAACGCGCGCUGUCACCAGCGUGGUGAAGUAUGGUCAAACAAUCUCGACUGACGUGGGAAGGUGGGAGGGGGGGGGUGACAGGUGACAGACGGACAGUACAUUCUAAAUUGUGUCACGUUAUUAAAUGUAACAUCAACUACUGGGGAUAAAUAGAGAAUGUGUUUUUUUUGUAUUACACAGAUGAAUGAUUUAGUCUUGUAUUGAUUUAUCUCACAUACGCUCUGUAUACAUCUUAGAUUACAUGUUUCUAACCACAUCCCAAAGUAAACUUUGCACAAUCCACUGCCAUUUUGUUAAAAUAUUAUCUUGCGCAUGGCUACUGCACACAGCAUACAGGUUUGUGUUUUUUAAUCUCUGCGGAAAGUUUCGGAGAAUUUACAAUUUUAAACGCUUUGUUUUCCUGCAUGUAUGUGCCUAUUCACAUUAACAGGAAUUAAAUUGGCCUAAAUGCAUUAACGAGAAUCUCUUUGAUUGAAACCACCAUGUGGUAAGGUUAUGUCGACCUAAACUUGUCGAAUUAACGUUUCCUCUUUCGAGAUAUGUUAAUAAAUUUUCGUCUCGACUUAAUUAAAAUGAAACCUUUUCAACAAACUAAACUGUGUAUUUUACCUGGUAAGGCCCACUGAGCCAUAUCGCCCCUUUUCAGAAGCGACCUGGCCACAAAUGAUUGCCAAAUGAAGUGGCUUAUCGAGUGGGAAUGUAUAGCAGCUAAACAUUCUAAACGCAUAAUUCUAAAUGUGGAGGGAAUAAAGCCGGAGGACCCGUAGAAAAAUGCACGUGAUCAUGGGGAGAACAUGCAAACUAGAAAUAUGCAGGCGUUAGGGUCGGGAUGGAACCUACGACCUCCUGUAUACCAGGCGAGGUAGUUAACAUCUCCUAGCCACCGUGAUGAUGAUAAGAGAGAGAGAGACACACAGACUCCAAAUAUACAGCAGCAGGCGUCAGGGUCGGGAUCGAACCCACGACCUCCUGUAUACCAGGCGAGGUAGUUAACAUCUCAUAGCCACCGUGAUGAUGAUGAGAG